UACGUAUACGUGAGGGUUAAUUGACAGAUGGCGGGCAUCACGUUAUGCGAGCCGACGCGGCUCUACAACAUACUCAACCAGAGUUACGAUUGUGUGUACGCUAACGUGAGUGACGCGGAAUAUCUCCUUCUCAUCGAUGCUCGAGAGUGGAAGGAGUAUAGUGAGGAUCAUAUUGUGUUGGCACAGAGAGCCAGAAAGGACAGGAAUGGUGAGUAUCAAGUUCCCUAUGGAGCAGACGUUGAGACGAAACUGAAUGUCAUUGUGUACGACAGCAAUACAUCCCUUCUUACUGAUAAAGGACCGGCAAUUCAGUAUGCGAAGCUACUGGCUAGUAGUGGAUCACAACGGCCAGUCAAUGUAUUGAAGGGUGGUUAUGAAUUAUUUUCUGCUCGUUAUCCAUUCUUGAGAACACAUCAAAUUCUGUACACAGACAAGGAUUUGGACAAGUUUGAGACUUGCCCGAUAGAAAUUCUUCCUCAGAUGUUGUACUUGGGACGGGAGAAACAAGCGGUAAAUUCACAUUUGAUGACCAAAAUGAAGAUCACGGGAAUGGUUUGCUGUAAGCCACAGAUGAAGAGUUCUUCGUUGCCACAAUUUCAUGUUCCGGUGACUGAUUCCGCAGAUUCCAAUAUUAUUGACUACAUUGAAAAGUCGUGUGACUUUAUUGGCAAACAUCUGAAACUCGGCGGUCGCGUUUUGAUCUACGGCGAGUACGGUAGAUCACGUAGUGCCACCAUAGUUGUCGCCUUUCUCAUGAAACACAACCACUGGUCUCUAGAGUUAGCUUACAGUCACACGUUGAAAUGCAGUGAGAACAUGAGACCGCAGCGUUCAUUCGUACAUCAGCUGUCGGAGUGGGAGAAGACAAUUUUUGGAGACGUGCAGACGGACAUCAGCGAUCCAAACUACUGAGCAUACAACAGGCGACAGCAAUACACAGACGGCCGGUGGUGCUGCCAGUUGUUGUCAACAUGAUAUGACGAAUGAGUGGACUGUGUAUAUAGUGCAAUGCGUUUAAUUAUAACUAGUGACUGUAGUCUAGUGUUAUAGACAGGAAUUUACUGUACUGUACUUGUGGUGUUAGAUUGAGAAGAGGUUGUUGUAAAAAUGCCUGGACGUCUUUGCACUUGCGCCGUGGUUGUAUUGUUAUACUGUAGCUUGGUUAUGAAUCAAACGUGUGUGUGUGUGUGUGUGUGUGUGUGUGUGUGU